AUGCAGAAUUAUUUUUCAAGCUUUCUAAGCUCUAAGGCUUUAUGUCAUUCCCUCCUCUCAAUUCUCCUAUUUCUCUCCUCCUUCAAUAAAGCCUCCAGUUUCCGUCUGCAGGGUGCUGCAGUGAAAGGACAACUUUUUUGCAAAGGAAUACCUGCCGCUCAUAUAAAUGUUGGAUUACUUGAUGUUGAUAGAAAUCCUGGCGAUCCCGAUGAUUUAUUGGAUAAGGGAGUAACUGAUAAAUAUGGAAAUUUUGCUUUGGAUGGGACUACCAGAGAAUUGCUGAGUAUUGAACCAGAAUUGCGAAUUAUACACGAUUGUGAUGAUGGUCUAAAGGUUUUUAUGAGGACGUGCCAUCGUCUAACAAUUAUUAAAGUUGGAAACGAAUAUAUACACCAUGGAAAAGUCGAAAAAUUUUUUGAUAUUGGGUUGCUCGAUCUAUCAGAAAUACCUCAAACAGAAAAUAUAAGUGAACAACGUUAUUGUUUGGACGACUUUUAA